AUGGUUGUGCUCCUUUUGGUAACGUUGCAGAAACGUGUGCUUGGUGUGUUGUUUUAUUUUGUUUUUGUUGAUGUUCAACAAUCACAACCACCUUCAGUACCACCAUUGAAUACAUCCUCUAGUCAAAGUCAAAGAACGACAUCGAUUGUACCAACCCCAACAAAACAGUUAUCAUCCACAGAAAAACAAUCGACAACAACCGCAACCGCAAAUUCAAACAAUAAACCGAUUAAACGUCGAGUUCAACAUUUGCUCAUCUUAGAUAGUUUAUGUAGUGAUUUACAUUCGUCAGAUUUCUCAUCAUCGCCAUCAGUCACACAUGUUCGUACACUCAUGAACAAAACUAUUAAUGAUGCAACAAGAGCAAUUAACAAUGGUCAGUAUCAUCAUUUGCUAAAAUCGGUUGAUUCGGUCAGGUUUAUUGUUGGUACCAAUAAUCUUGAUCAAGAACCUCCAUUACAUGCAUUAUCUAAAGGCAAAGAUCUGUUGUCAGUAAUGAAUCAAUAUUAUUCAAAGAAGAAAAUAUCAAUUGCCAAAGUCUCAAUCACUGACGUAGAUGCUUGUUGUUGA